AUGGCUCGGUUCGGGGAUGAUCUGCCAACCCGCUAUGGAGGUGGAGGGCCGGCCGGGGCUGGAAGAGGGAGCAGCCGGCAAGGUGGCCCCCAAGCCGGCCAAAGGAUGUAUAAGCAGUCGAUGGCUCAGAGGGCCAGGACUAUGGCUCUCUACAACCCCAUCCCUGUCAAACAGAACUGCUUCACAGUCAACAGAUCCCUCUUCAUCUUCAGUGAAGAUAAUGUUAUACGGAAAUAUGCCAAGAGAAUAACAGAGUGGCCUCCAUUUGAAUACAUGAUUUUAGCUACAAUCAUAGCCAACUGUAUUGUACUGGCUCUGGAACAACAUUUGCCGGAUGGAGACAAGACACCAAUGUCAGAGAGAUUGGAUGACACUGAGCCGUACUUUAUUGGAAUAUUUUGUUUUGAAGCUGGUAUAAAAAUCAUUGCUCUGGGGUUUGUUUUUCAUAAAGGCUCUUACCUCCGAAACGGUUGGAAUGUGAUGGAUUUUGUUGUGGUCCUCACAGGGAUUCUAGCAACUGCUGGGACUGAUUUUGACCUGCGGACCCUGCGAGCUGUCCGAGUGUUACGACCCCUGAAGCUUGUGUCAGGAAUCCCAAGCUUGCAGGUUGUCCUCAAGUCCAUCAUGAAGGCAAUGGUGCCUUUGCUUCAGAUCGGGCUGCUCCUCUUCUUCGCUAUCGUGAUGUUUGCCAUCAUCGGGCUGGAGUUUUACAUGGGGAAGUUUCAUAAAACCUGCUUCUCUAAUGAGACAGGCGAUGAGGUGGGAGAUUUUCCGUGCGGAGAGGAGCCUCCUGCCAGGCAGUGUGAGAGUGGGACCACCUGCAGGGAGUACUGGCAAGGGCCCAACUAUGGCAUCACCAACUUCGACAACAUCCUCUUUGCUGUGCUCACCGUCUUCCAGUGCAUCACCAUGGAGGGAUGGACCGACAUCCUCUACAAUACAAAUGAUGCUGCAGGAAACACCUGGAACUGGCUUUACUUCAUCCCUCUCAUCAUCAUUGGCUCUUUCUUCAUGCUCAACUUGGUGCUGGGCGUCUUAUCGGGUGAAUUUGCCAAAGAACGAGAAAGGGUAGAAAAUCGUCGAGCCUUCCUGAAGCUCCGCAGGCAGCAGCAAAUUGAACGGGAACUAAACGGAUACUUGGAGUGGAUCUUCAAAGCAGAGGAGGUCAUGCUGGCAGAGGAAGACAAGAAUGCAGAAGAGAAGUCUCCUCUGGACGGGAGGGCCGCCUCGGAAGGGCCGAUUCAACAAGGCACGGCACCGGCAGAGACUAGUCCCGGCAGAGCCAGCAGCGGCAGCAGCUACAACAUGUUGAAAAGAGCUGCAAUAAAGAAGAGCAAAAACGACUUGAUUCAUGCUGAAGAAGGGUCUCCUUUUGCCCGUGCCAGUUUGAAGAGUGGGAAGAACGAGAGCUCAUCCUACUUCAGGAGGAAAGAGAAAAUGUUCCGGUUCUUCAUUCGGCGCAUGGUGAAAGCUCAGAGCUUCUACUGGAUCGUCCUCUGCGUGGUGGCCCUCAACACGCUCUGCGUCGCGAUGGUGCACUAUGACCAGCCGGAGAAGCUCACCACCGCGCUGUAUUUCGCAGAGUUUGUUUUUCUGGGUCUGUUCCUUACUGAGAUGUCUUUGAAGAUGUAUGGACUGGGGCCAAGAAACUACUUCCACUCUUCGUUCAACUGCUUUGACUUUGGGGUCAUCGUGGGAAGUAUAUUUGAAGUUAUUUGGGCUGCAGUGAAACCGGGGACCUCAUUCGGCAUCAGCGUAUUGAGAGCGCUUCGACUGCUGAGGAUUUUCAAAGUAACAAAGUACUGGAACUCCCUGAGGAAUCUGGUGGUCUCCUUGCUGAACUCCAUGAAGUCCAUCAUCAGUUUGCUCUUCCUGCUGUUCCUGUUCAUCGUUGUGUUUGCCUUGCUGGGGAUGCAGCUCUUUGGAGGACAAUUCAAUUUCCAAGAUGAAACACCAACCACGAAUUUCGAUACCUUCCCUGCCGCCAUCCUCACAGUAUUCCAGAUCCUGACGGGGGAAGACUGGAACGCGGUGAUGUACCACGGCAUAGAGUCGCAGGGCGGCGUCCGCUCGGGGAUGUUCUCCUCCAUUUACUUCAUCGUCCUGACGUUGUUUGGUAACUAUACGCUCCUGAAUGUCUUCUUGGCUAUCGCUGUUGACAAUCUGGCAAAUGCCCAAGAGCUGACCAAGGACGAGGAGGAGAUGGAGGAAGCCACCAACCAAAAGCUCGCUCUGCAGAAGGCCAAGGAAGUGGCCGAAGUCAGCCCCAUGUCUGCAGCUAAUAUUUCCAUAGCCGCCAAGCAGCAGAACUCCUCCAAAUCCAAGUCGGUUUGGGAGCAGAGGACCAGCCAGAUCCGGAUGCACAAUUUCCGCGCCAGCUGCGAGGCGCUGUACAACGAGCUGGAUCCGGAGGAGCGGGUGCGUUACGCCACCACCCUUCACAUCAGGCCAGACAUGAAGACUCAUUUGGAUCGGCCGCUGGUGGUAGAGCCGAGGAGCGAAGGCAGGAACAACAUCAGCAAGCUGAGCCCCGUGGACGUGCAGGAGGUGGAGCAGACCAAAGUCAGCUCCACUGAUGGGGCAGAAGCUCCGCGAAAGCACCACCGGCAUCGCGAUAAGGAGAAAUUGGGAGAGCAAGAGAAGGGCGAUGUGACCAAGGAGGAGAACGGGGAAUCUGGCGCCAACAAUAAGGAGGAGCGGCACAGGCAGCACAGGAGCAGCAGCAAAGAGGUGGAAGGGGGGGGUAAGGAAGGGAAAAGUGAGCGCAGCAGGGGCCAGGAAGGGGGAAAGAGGCACCAUCGCCGGGGGUCGGUGGAAGAAGGUGCCGAGAAGGAGCACCGGAGGCAUCGGACUCACCGGCACUCUGCCGAACGGCAAGGCAAGGAAGGCAACGGGACCAUCAACGGGGCCAGGAGCGAGCGGCGUUCCCGACACCGGGGAGGGUCGAGGUCUGGGAACAGGGAAGGAGAGCCCGGGUCCAAGGGCGAGAACGGAGAAGAGCCUCACAGACGGCACAGGUUCAGGAACAGAGCACUCUCGACGUAUGAUUCGGUGGAGAAGGAGAACGGGGAGAAGGAGGGGGAGGCUGGCGAGAAGGAGCACCGGAAUCAUCAGCCCAAGGAGAACCAGUGUGAGAUUGAAGCUAGUGGAAGCGUGACCGUCCCCGUGCACACCCUUCCCAGCACCUACCUGCAGAAAGUCCCGGAGCAGCCAGAAGACGCUGACAACCAGAAGAACGUGACGCGGAUGAUUCAGCCACCUCUGGACAAAACCACCACUGUGAACAUCCCCGUCACUAUCACUGCCCCGCCGGGGGAGACCACUGUCAUACCAAUGAACAACGUUGAAUUUGAAAGUAAAACAGAGGAGAAGAAAGACGUCGAUGACUUGACGAAAAAUGGGCCUAAACCAAUCUUGCCUUACAGUUCCAUGUUCAUCCUCAGUCCUACAAAUCCGAUUCGGCGUCUCUUCCACUACAUUGUCAACCUGCGCUAUUUUGAGAUGGUCAUCCUCAUAGUUAUAGCCCUCAGCAGCAUAGCCCUGGCUGCAGAAGACCCUGUCCAAGCGGAGUCACCGAGGAACGAUGCUCUGAAAUACUUGGAUUAUAUCUUUACGGGCGUCUUUACCUUUGAGAUGGUGAUCAAGAUGAUUGACUUGGGGCUGCUCCUCCACCCUGGCUCCUACUUCCGUGACCUGUGGAAUAUCCUGGACUUCAUUGUGGUCAGUGGGGCCUUGGUGGCAUUUGCCUUCUCAGGAACCAAAGGCAAGGACAUCAACACAAUCAAGUCCCUGCGAGUUCUGCGGGUCCUCAGACCGCUGAAGACCAUUAAACGGCUACCAAAACUAAAGGCUGUCUUCGACUGCGUGGUGAAUUCUCUGAAGAACGUCCUCAAUAUCCUCAUCGUUUACAUGCUCUUCAUGUUCAUUUUUGCCGUCAUUGCUGUGCAGCUCUUCAAAGGCAGAUUCUUCUACUGCACCGAUGAGUCGAAGGAGCUGGAGAAGGACUGCAGGGGUCAGUACCUCGAUUAUGAAAAAAAUGAGGUGGAGGCGCAGCCCAGGGAAUGGAAAAAAUAUGAGUUCCACUACGACAACGUGCUCUGGGCUCUGCUCACGCUCUUCACCGUCUCCACAGGCGAAGGAUGGCCAACUGUGCUGAAGCACUCGGUGGAUGCUACCUACGAGGAACAGGGUCCCAGCCCUGGCUACCGAAUGGAAAUGUCUAUCUUUUACGUGGUGUAUUUUGUUGUCUUCCCUUUUUUCUUUGUGAACAUCUUUGUGGCGUUAAUCAUCAUCACCUUCCAAGAGCAAGGAGAUAAAGUGAUGUCAGAGUGCAGCCUCGAGAAAAACGAGAGGGCCUGCAUAGACUUCGCCAUAAGUGCCAAGCCACUGACCCGCUACAUGCCUCAGAACAAGCAGUCUUUUCAGUACAAGAUGUGGAAAUUUGUGGUGUCCCCUCCCUUUGAGUAUUUUAUCAUGGUCAUGAUUGCACUCAAUACCAUUGUCCUAAUGAUGAAGUUCUAUGAUGCUCCAGAAGCAUAUGAAGAAAUGUUGAAAUGCCUGAAUAUUGUGUUUACAUCCAUGUUUUCAAUGGAAUGUGUGCUGAAGAUCAUUGCCUUUGGUGUGCUGAAUUAUUUCCGAGAUGCCUGGAAUGUCUUUGAUUUUGUAACAGUGUUGGGAAGUAUUACUGAUAUUUUAGUAACAGAGAUUGCGGACACGGACAACUUCAUCAACCUCAGCUUCCUGCGGCUCUUCAGGGCAGCCAGACUUAUCAAGCUCCUUCGCCAGGGUUACACUAUCCGCAUCUUGCUCUGGACCUUUGUGCAGUCUUUUAAGGCCUUGCCUUAUGUGUGUCUCCUCAUUGCAAUGCUCUUCUUCAUCUACGCCAUUAUCGGCAUGCAGGUAUUUGGAAACAUUGCUCUAGAUGAUGAAACCUCCAUUAAUCGGCACAAUAACUUCCGUACCUUCCUCCAAGCCCUGAUGCUUCUCUUCAGGAGCGCCACGGGGGAAGCCUGGCACGAGAUCAUGCUGUCCUGCCUGAGCAACAGAGCCUGCGACCCGCUCUCCGGCCUCACCAAAAACGAAUGCGGCAGCGAUUUUGCCUAUUUCUACUUCGUGUCGUUCAUCUUCCUCUGCUCCUUCCUGAUGUUAAACCUGUUUGUGGCUGUGAUCAUGGACAAUUUUGAGUACCUGACAAGAGACUCCUCCAUCCUUGGGCCCCAUCAUUUGGAUGAGUUUGUUCGUGUCUGGGCUGAAUACGACCCAGCUGCCUGUUGCCGGAUUCAUUAUAAGGAUAUGUACAAUUUGUUACGUGUAAUUGCUCCACCCCUGGGCUUAGGAAAGAAGUGCCCUCAUAGGGUGGCAUACAAGCGCCUGGUGCGGAUGAACAUGCCGAUCUCGCCUGAAGAUUUAACCGUCCACUUCACGUCCACGUUGAUGGCCUUGAUCCGCACUGCCCUAGAAAUCAAACUUGCCUCAGGGGGUGUUAAACAGCACCAGUGUGAUGCUGAGCUGAGAAAGGAGAUCUCGCUGGUUUGGCCCAAUCUGUCCCAGAAGACUCUGGAUUUGCUGGUGCCUCCUCACAAACCCGAUGAGAUGACUGUGGGGAAGGUCUACGCAGCGCUGAUGAUAUUCGACUUUUACAAGCAGAAUAAGAACAGCAGGGAACAAGUCCACCAGCCGCCCGGAGGCCUGUGCCAGCCCGGCCCAGUGUCACUCUUCCACCCCCUGAAGGCCACUUUGGAGCAAACCCAGCCCACAGCAUUCAACAACGCAAAGGCGUUCCUUCGCCAGAAAAGCUCAGCCUCUCUCAACAACGGGGGCGCGUUGCCAGCCCCGGAGGGUGGGAUCAAAGAGUCCAGUUCUUGGGGGACCCAACGCACCCAGGAUGUGUUUUAUGAAACCAGGACACCAGCUUUUGAACGAGGCCACUCGGAAGAAAUCCCCAUCGAACGGGUGGUAGAAAUGAGGGAAAUCAGCCCCACACUUGCCAACGGAGAACACCAACCAGGCCUGGAGAGCCAAGGGCGGGCGGCUUCCAUGCCGCGCCUGGCCGCCGAAACUCAGAGGAGCAAAGCACGGUCACCUGGGAGUUACCUAGCACCCAUCCCGGACACCAGCCCCAUGAAGCGCUCCGUCUCCACGCUGACCCCGCAGCGCCCUCACGCCAUGCACCUCUACGAAUACUCCUUGGAGCGCAUGCCGCCGGAGCAAGGGCAUCACCACCAUCACCACCGCUGCCACCGGCGGAAAGAGAAGAAGCAGAAGUCCUUGGACAGGUCCCCCCAUCAGCUGGCCGAUGGAGAAGCUGUGGCCCAGUCUGGUGAGUCUUCUUCCAAGGACAAGAAGCAGGAACGCGGCCGGUCCCAAGAGAGGAAGCAGCACUCUUCCUCCUCCUCUGAAAAGCAGCGCUUCUACUCGUGCGACCGCUACGGCAGUAGGGACCGUUCUCAGCCCAAGUCUGCCGAUCAGAGCAGGCCCACCUCACCCAACGGAGGGCCGGAGCAAGGUCCACACAGACAGGGCAGUGGUUCAGUUAAUGGGAGCCCCUUGCUGUCGACAUCUGGUGCUAGUACCCCAUGCCGGGGUCGGAGGCAGCUCCCACAGACUCCACUCACCCCACGUCCCAGCAUCACUUACAAGACCGCUAACUCCUCGCCCGUGCACUUCACCAGUUUCCAAACCGGCCUGCCCACUUUCUCCCCGGGACGCCUGAGCCGCGAUGAAGUGAAUUUGCUGGACAAAAUUACUUCCCACGCACAGGACCUCAGCAAUAUUUCCUUCGGCUAUGACGAAGCCAACUGCAGCGUCCUGGAGAUCGGGCAGUACGCUACCCUCAACAUCCCUACGCGGGAGGCCUUUGGGGACAGGUUUGCAGAUGAGCUGAGCGUGCUGAUGAAGCUCAGGUACUCACUGAAGGAGGACACCAGCCUAGUGACCAUCCUUAGCCAUCGGAGCAACGUGCUCUUCCAGAUCAGGAUUAACCCAUACGCCUUGGUCUUUGUCACCACGAGGAGGAGACAUUAUGAGUUCCCAGUUUCCUUUCUCGGCGAUGGGCGCUGGCACCAAGUUGCUCUCAGCAUCUCCUUGGAGAGACUGGAGUUGCAUGUGGACUGUCGGCUGGUGGACAGAGUGAGCUGGUCCAGUUAUUUUGGGAUGGGAGUGAACACCGAGGGGCUGAUCAUCAUCGGAGGCCUGAUCGAGUCCUUCGAGAUCCCCUUCAAGGGUGCUCUACAGCAACUGAUCUUCGUGAUGGGAGACCCAUCAGCCGCCGGCGAGCACUGCCGCAGCUACAACUCCACGUGCACGCGUUCCUUCAACCUCCACCGCUUCGGUUCCCCGUGGCAGCUCUCGCCAGCCUGGCCAGAGAUAUUUCUGUCAACACGGCAGUGUUCUUCCACCACAGGUUAUGGGCUCUUCUCUCGAUGUUCUUCCAGCAUCAAAAAUGGUGUUGGGGGAUCAUUGCGGUGGAACUGUGAGAAGCAGGUUCGUGUUAGCGUGGGCCACGCUGACAACUGGCUCGUGUCCUUUGCGGAGGGCGAGUUUGGUUUUGACUCCAGACUCACCAAUUCAGAUUUGACCCUGGGGCCGCCUUGGACGUGGGAGGACGCCCAGGAGACCCUCAACCUCCAGCCUGAUGGGAGCGCCCUGACUUCACUCUCUGCUGCAGAGAUGCCGUCAGCUGAGGAGGAGGAGGAGGGCAGCCUUUCUAUUGAGGAUGAAGGCUUUGAGCUGUUGAACUCCACCUACAACAAAAUCACCGGCCCCGGCAGGCCAGGGUUUGGCAGGAGCAGCCCGUGGGUCGCUGGUAGUUCCGGACCCUCCAUCAAAACACACAGAGCAGCCAAGAAGGAGCCAGCCUCUGACCCCGGGGAGGAGAACGUCACCACGGAGAAGCUGAGGGGCGACGCGGGCACCUGGCGGCAGCUCUCGCCCGGCAAACCCGGUGAUGCCAUCACUGACCUGGACGUGCCUGCCACCUUUGCCAAGGUCUCCCCAUCGGUGCCUCGGGCAGCUGCCCCCAAAGGUCCCCUGGGGACGGGGUCAGCUGUGGGUGUCCCUGAGCAUCCCCGGGUAGCGGCCAGCCCCGCUGUCCCAGGGCUUGGGGACGGCGCUGCCCGCCUGGGACACCCCAUCUCGCCGGUGGCCCACAGGCAGCGGGGCCAUGUGAAACCGGGACCUCCGGGGCUGCCAGGACCACCAGGGCUGCCGGGGUACCCUGGAGCCAUGGGACGGACGGGCCCUCCGGGCGACCCGGGCCCUGUGGGCAUCCCCGGUGUCCCCACCAUCGUCCUCUGGAGGAACUCCAGGGAGGACUGGCAGACGUUCACGGGACCCCGCGGGGAGCCGGGGGAGCCGGGCCGGAAAGGCCAGCGGGGGUACACGGGCGAACCGGGGCUCCAGGGCUUGCCGGGACGCGUGGGUUACCCUGGCUCGGAUGGAUUCCCUGGGCUGGAUGGCAAACCUGGGCCGUGGGGGCUGCCGGGAGAGCAGGGACUGCAGGGCUUCCAGGGCGACCGGGGGCUGGCUGGUGAGAAGGGAGAAGAGGGUUUCUCGGGUGACCCCGGACCGGCUGGGGAGAAAGGAGAGAAGGGAGCGAAGGGGAUGUUGGGUCUGAAGGGUGCGACCGGCUUCCAGGGCCCCGUGGGGCCGGAGGGAGAGCCGGGCCAGCCGGGAUCUGUCGGAUGCCAAGGUGUCAACGGCUCUCAGGGAGAAAUGGGUCCUCCUGGCUUGCCCGGCCCCCGGGGCCCCAAGGGCUGUCGAGGUCCAGCUGGAGCCAAGGGUGACCUGGGAGCCAAAGGAGACAAGGGUCCAUACGGAGCACAAGGAGCCAAAGGACCCCCGGGGAUUCGGGGCCAGAUGGGCUUGCAGGGCUUUCCCGGCCCCCGAGGAGCAGCAGGACCCCAGGGACCAGAUGGGGAAGAAGGCCAAAUCGGCCCGGUGGGGCUCAACAGCAGUGAGGGACCCAAGGGAUUGCCUGGGAAGCCGGGCUCCGAGGGGCCGCAAGGACCUGUCGGCACCUACGGUUACCCGGGACCUGUUGGCGACCGCGGGAGGCCGGGGCGCAGGGGAGACAAGGGUGAUCCUGGCACACGGGGGCUGGACGGCAUCCCUGGAAAGCCUGGCUUGGCAGGAGAAACGGGGGCUCCUGGAGCGGCUGGUGCUGCUGGCCCACCUGGGUACCCGGGCCGAGAAGGUCCAAAUGGACCUGAAGGGCCUUCGGGGAUGAGAGGAGAGAAGGUAAGGACAGAGAAGGGUGAUGCGGGAGAUGCCGGGGAAGCCGGCGUCAGCGGGUUGGAUGGCGAGCAGGGAGAGGCAGGAACCUGCGGAGCUCCGGGCAUCGGAGGGGACCCCGGGGAGCCGGGGGACGAUGGGCAGGAGGGGUCCCCGGGGCGGCCCGGGGAGCAAGGCAAGGAGGUACGUGUGCUGGCGGACACCACGGUGUCACGGCCAGGGGAUGGGGACAGGGAAGAUGUGCCACCCGGGGCUCUGGACGGCUGCACGGUGACGCUGGUGAUGCUGGAGACCCAGGCGAGCCAGGACCACAGGGACAGAAGGGUGACGCUGGCCCCAGGGGCCUUCCUGGAGCUCCCGGCCCGGGAGCCGCCACGGGGGAAAUUGGAGAAAAAGGCCAUAAAGGAGAGAAGGGCCAAGAAGGUUUGCUGGCAAGUACAGAGGGGCUGCCCCAGCCCGCCGGGCCCCCAGUGUCCCUGUGGGCUGGCAGUCGGGGCCAGGUCGGUGUCACCGGAGCUGCGGGACCUGGCGGAGCCAGAGGAUGGUUUGGAGAUCCAGGGCCACGAGGCACGGACGGACCUACUGGUGCAGCAGGAUUAG